UGGCUGAGGAGGCUGAGGCGGCAUCACGGCCUGCGGGGCCUCAGAGCCCCCAGAGGGACCUGUAAGAGGGGCCGGUGGCUCCGGCAGCUCCGGGCCCCGGCCCGGACUGUGAGGGCGGCGGUGGCGGUUUCGGUGGGGCCCCGGGAUAAUGCUGCGUUCCACCGGCUUUUUCCGGGCCAUCGACUGUCCCUACUGGGCCGGGGCCGGCGCGGGGGCGUCCUGCUGCCGGAGGCCCUACUGCCACUUCCGGCAUCGCGGCUCCGAGCGCGGCCCGGUCCGGGGCGAGGCGUCCGCCACAGCCGCUAACGGCUCCGGCCCUGGCGGCGGGAGCGCGGUCCGGAGUGCGGGAGAACUUGGCUAUGACCCAUAUAACCCUGACCUUCCGAAGCCUUCAGUUGGGACUGAACAUGGCUCCCUGGGAGAUGUCCCAGAACCCAGCUCUGGCAUCUUGGAGCUGGAGUUAGUCAACCAGGCCAUUGAAGCUGUCCGGAAUGAAGUGGAACGAGAGGAAAAGAAGUACAAGGAGCUGCUAGAAACAACCAAGGAGUAUGGCACCACAGAGACCUCACUUGUUUCACAAAGCCCUACUGGAGCUGGGGUGCCUAACCCAGACUCCUUUGCCACAUCCUUAGAAUAUAAUCCAGGUAGCUACAAUCUAUUAAAUAACAACACAGACUAUAACCCUACCCCUUUGGCUGCUGCUAAUAAAUGUAACAAAUAUACUUUGGAUUCUUUGGAGAAAUCCAAGGCUAAAGGUAACUCUCUGGAAUAUGUUCCAAAGUCUGUGAUCCAGCCCAAAAAAUAUAGCCGUGCUAUUCCCAACAGCAAAUAUGUGAUUGACAAUUCCAAGCCAUCUACAGAUUUGGAAUAUGACCCCCUUUCAAAUUACUCAGCCAGGCUUUUAAAUAAGGGCAGUCCAAAGGACCAGAGGGGGAUCAAAAGGAGAAGGGACUCUCACCAAGAUGACUCCUAUACUCCUUCACUCAAGAAACACUGCGAUGUUUUUAGCAAUUAUGAAACAGAUGCUAGAUUUUCUGACUCAGAAGAUGAGGAGCCCAGCUCAGAAAACCAGCCAAGUCCUGCCAGCCCCACAAAAGCCAGAACCAAUUCAGAGAGUCAAUCCAGCAGUGGGUCCUCCCCUGCCAAAGGAAAGCCUCUGGAACCUGAGGAAAGUAGUUUGAGGGAGACAAAGGAGAUUGCUGUGCAGUAUGACAUGGGGGAUAUCCAGCGCCGACAGAGUCCCAUCGGAAAAUCCCAACCAGAGAAGGGUGGAAAAGGAAGCAAGCACUCUUUAGAAGGGAAGGAGAAAGAGGCAGGAGGGGACCCAAAGCAUAAAGGCAACCCAAAAGAGUCCAGAGCCCAGAAAAGAAAAUCACAUGAUCAAAAGAGUUCUGGUCAUCAGGAAGUGGAAAGUCAGAGAGAAAAAAGCAAAUCAUUUGAAAAAGACAAAGGGAAGAACAAGGACAAAACAAAAGGGAAAUUAGGGGAGAAAAAUCAUAGAGAGAAGAAACUCACUAAGGUCAAAAGUGAUGUACACAUGAGUAAGGUGGAGAAGUCCAAGUUAGAAAAGCAAGAGGUGGCCAGGAAAGAGAAGUUACCAUCUGCCAUGUUAGUGGCCAGCUCAGGGAAAAGGAAGAGUGAUGGCCUUAGUAAGAAACCUAGCUCAGGGAAGCUGGGGAACCAUAAAAAGGAGUCUAAGCUGAAGCCAAUAGAUCCUCCCAAUGGGAAAAACAUGUCCAGUAGCAAUAAGCUGAAAGACAAGAAAGGAAGCAAAACCUUCUCCUCAGGUAAGCUGAGAGACAAGAAAUCUUCUUCUCUAGAUGAAGGAAGAUCCCAGGGGUCCCCAAAGCCUAAGAAGAGGACGUUGAGCCAUAUCGACCUCUUUGGAGAUGAGAGUGGGGAUGAAGGGGAAGGAACAUGCCCAGUUCUUCCUGCCACCCUUCCAAGUUUAAGCUCAGACUCAGACUCAGAAGAUGGAAGCUGCAGCCCCCUUAAUGAGAGCAAGGGACCAAAGCACCUCCGGGGUGCCCAGCUCUCUACCUCUUCUUCCUCAUCUUCUGUGGCCUCUGAUGACAUCGACUAUUCUGUCCUGGAAAAGGAAUUGGAUUACGAUUCAGACCCAAUGGAGGAAUGUCUUCGGAUUUUUAAUGAAUCUACAGAUGUGAAGACUGAAGACAAAGGGAGGCUCAACAAACAGCCAUCCAAGGAAGAGAAGAUUGAGGGAAAGUCAGAGGACAGCUUGACUACACUGUUUCCAGGCCAGAAGAGGAGGAUUUCCCAUCUCUCCAAGCAAGGAAAUGCUGAAGUCCCAAGCAAGCCAGUCAUUCGGCCCUAUCGCCCUCCCACGGCUCAGGAGGCCUGCUACCGAAGGACCCAGCUUGCCCAGAGACAGGCCUCAGACAUUCUGGCCUCAAGAUUGGCAGCCCAGAAACAUUCUGUGUCUCUGCCUGAGGAGAAGAGGAGAAUUGCCCACAUACCCAAUCCCCGAAUGGCCACAGCACUGGCAGCAGCAGCCAAUUCAACCCCCACAGGUGCCAAGAAAAGUAAUUCUUUGAACACCGUUCAAGUCGCAAAUGGCUCUGAGCCAAACAUCUCUUUGAAGUCCCGAACGAUGUCUGGGAUGGCUUCUAAAACGAGCACGACAUCCCUGCAGAAGAGGAUAGCACAUAUGCCCUCCCUACAGAGUGUAAGCUUAAACAGGCCAGUUAUUCCAACUGAAUUUGGGGCCAAGGUUCCUACCAACAUCCGCCAGCGUUAUCUUAAUCUUUUUAUUGAUGAGUGCCUGAAGUUUUGUCCAUCACCCCAAGAAGCUUAUGACAAGGCUUUAUCUGAGGAGAAGGUGGCCUAUGAACGGAGUUCAAGCAAGAAUAUCUACCUGAAUGUAGCUGUCAAUACCCUAAAGAAGCUAAGGAGUUUAGGACCUGGUUCUGUACAGUGUGUAAACAUCUUGCCCACUGGGCCUGACUCCCCUAGUGGUGAGAAUAAUAGAUCGGGUUGUUCCUCCUGCCCCCCUGCAGAGAACAGCAAUCGGAAGGUGGUGUCCCAUGAAGCCGUGCUGGGGGGGAAACUGGCCACAAAAACAAGCUUUACACUGAAUCGAUCCGGUAACCUCAGAGCGGAAGAUUUAACAGGAGCUGCCUUGUACCGAAGAUUGAAGGACUAUAUUCUAACAGAGGACCAACUGAAAGAGAAUGGCUACCCUCUGCCCCAUCCUGAAAAACCUGGCCGAGCGGUGGUCUUCACCACUGAAGAGAAGAAAACCACAGACUCAUCCUGCCGAAUUUGCUGUCGCUGUGGCACUGAGUAUCUCGUCUCGCCCACCGGCAAUUGUAUCCGGAAGGAGGAGUGCUGCCAUCAUUGGGGGAGGCUGCGCCGUCAGAGAGUGGCUGGUGGAUGGGAAACCCAGUAUAGUUGCUGUUCAGGAGCUGUUGGUUCUGCUGGGUGUCAGGUUGCUAAGCAACAUGUGCAAGAUGGCCGCAAAGACAACCUUGAAGGGUUCGUGAAAACCUUUGAAAAACUUCCCUCUACAGAUGGGUAUCCAGGAAUAUAUGCCCUCGACUGUGAGAUGUGUUAUACCAAACAAGGGUUGGAACUAACACGAAUAACUGUGAUCAACUCUGAUCUGAAAGUUGUCUAUGACACAUUUGUGAAACCAGACAACAAAGUUGUGGAUUACAACACCAGGUUUUCCGGGGUGACAGAAGAAGACCUGCAGAAUGCGUGUAUAACCCUUCGGGAUGUCCAGGCGGUAUUGUUGAACAUGUUCAGUUCAGACACCAUCUUGAUAGGACACAGCUUAGAAAGUGACCUGUUUGCUCUCAAGCUUAUUCAUACCACAGUAGUGGACACAUCAGUGGUUUUCCCUCACCGCCUUGGACUCCCCUACAAGAGGGCACUACGGACACUGAUGGCUGACUACCUCAAGCGUAUUAUCCAGGAUAAUGUGGAAGGCCAUGAUUCAAGUGAAGAUGCCAGUUCUUGCAUGGAACUGAUGAUUUGGAAAAUCAAAGAAGAUUCAAAAGUCAAGCGAUGACUCCUCUCUCCUUCCCUUCCAUUUCCUUCCUCCUUAACCCUCUCUAUCUUCAUCCUCUCCAUUGUCCCCCCAGUCCCCUCACUUCCUCCAAAGCAGUGCAAUAAAUCCUCAGAGUUAACACUGUUCACCUUGCAAACAAGAGCCUCCCCUGCCCACCCCCCCCACCAGCACCCCUCCCUCCCUCUUUCCCGCCUUGCCUCCCUCCCUCCUUCCCUUCUUACCCCUGCUCCUCCCUCAGCCCCAGCCCAGCAACAUGCUUUACCCUAUUGUGUCUGUGCACUUUGGGGUGCUUGUGGAAUCUAGAGACUUGUGCCAGCUCAGCACAAGGGGCUGGGCUCUUCGGCUCCUGUACCUCUUGUCUCCAUCAGAUGAGCAUUCUGAUUCUUGCCUUUCCGGUCCCACAAGGUCAUGUUGAGCUGCACACCCAGAACUAGGUCCUAAUUCUCUGCCCCAGAGGCAGUUUGAUCAGAAUUGCACAGCAUCUGUCUGCCUGCCUGCCGCUGCAAGGACCUGGUGCUGCGCCACCCUUGGGGCUGGUGGAUGGUUGGAAGAGAAUCUGACAGGGCCCUGUCCAGCUCCCGAGGGAAAGAUCAGGAUGCCAGAAGGAUGCCGUUUCCUGGAGGGCACAGGUCACUUGAAGCCAACCCUGAGUGAGGCAGCUCUCCAUGAUGCAACCCCCUAGCCACUGUCCUUGGGGGAAAGAAGCCACUGGUGUCUUAACAUGUUCGUCCCCUCCUGGGACAGGCUGCGCUGCUGGGAUCCCAAGAAAGGCCUAAGCCCCCCCUGGCUGGCGUGGAACUUCUGAGCACGCCACAUCCCAUUUUCCCUAGUAACCCCAAUUCCCUCAGCCUUGUUCUGGGUUUUAUACCUUCCCCCUUCCCCUGGUUCCUCUUGGAGAGAAAACGUCACCUCCCAUGGAGGGGGAUUGAACAGCAUGUCUUUUGGCUCAUUCUGGCACUUUGGUCCCUACGCUGGGGCCCUUUCCCCUUCCGUGUCUUCACGGAGUUGAACCAACUGUGAUCUAGGCAUUCCUCACCCUGAGUUCUGGGCGCAACCCAGGAGUCCUAGACACAGCUUCGGCUUCCUCAGUUGGUGAUGGCGGCCUGUGGCAGCAUCUGACUCCUGUUGCCUAGGUGUGGCGCUGGGAUCAGUGACACUAAAACAUCGGCCUUUUUCUUUUGUAACUUUGUUCUGAUUUCCACUGAAUUUAAUGGGGUUUGUUUUUAUUAAGGGGAAAUUUCAGCAAGACUGCAGAGGCACUGUUCUCCACUGCCUAGUUUUCUUCUCCUUCCUUCUCAGCUGGAACAAAAUAAAUGUUUGUAUAGAUUUCAGCUUUUGUACAGAUGUUUUUGGUGAUGGAAUGAGCAGGUUAGAAUCAUGUGGAGUCCAUUUUUGAAUAGUUCCUAAGGCCAGGGACUCCUUGUCAUGGGAGAAGUCCUAGAGUUCGGCCACGUGCUCCCCUUCCAGCAGCGAGAUAAGAAGAACCCUCUUUUGCCUUAAUGAUAACCAAGUUCCUCAGCCUGGCUUAGUCAUUGUGCAGGGAUCCUGGGAUUUUGUGUGUGUGUUUUUUAAAGAGAAAGAAAAACCAAACAGGAUCUGCAUGCUACCAGAGAUUGACCGUGACCCAUCUGUCAUGGUGACACAACUUGGUGGGGGCAUGGAGGACCAUAUGAAGCCCUGGUGGGCACCGGCUAGCCUGAAGGGCACAAUGGGCACAAUUCAUUCUGCCUAGAAAGGCCCUUGGUCCAGUGUCAUUGGGGUUAUUCUCAACAAAAGCCACUAUGUUCUGGACCAAAGUUGUCCAUGCACUUUCUUCCAGCAUGGAGCGUAUGAUUCUAGAGGCUUUUAUUGAUCCUUUAUUAAGUUGCUUCAUCUCCCCAGGAGGAGAGAUGGAUGCAGGUGUCCUUCUGUACCAUAUAUGAAAAUAUGACUGUUUGCCCUCUAAGCAAAACACUGUAAAUCUGAUCCAGUUUUCUCAAUGACUUGAAUUAUCUGGAGGGAUAUGUGUUUUGAGGUUGGCUGUUUAAUGUGCUGGGAGUUGCUAUGUGGGUGAGGGGAUGAAGGCUCUUCAUUUUAGGAGGGCGUCUCAAAUCUAUUUUGCUUUUUUAAGGGAAAAUCAGACACCCUUCUUUAGCUCUCACCAUGCCACAUCCUCUAUCUUGAAUCUGUUUCCCCCAGUGACUGUUCUAUAUCUGAUACCUUUUCUUUAAAAAAAAAAAAUAAAAAAAAAAGUAGGGGAAGUGGUAGCUGCUAACCCCCUUUGUGAGCACAUGCCCUGGUGGCCUUUUGGUGGGGCGUGGCCUGAAAAUGUCCUGACUUUGACUUUUCAGGUUAUAUCCAAUGAGAUCUGCCUACUUUGUGAAUUAAACCUGGUAGAAUUUUAUAUGUUGAAUUUUUGAAUGAUAAAGGGGUCUAUUCCCUUGUAUUUCUAAGCUUCUCCAGUGACCAAGACCACUGUAAGGGGCCAUACUAUUUGAGAAGAGAAGGUGAGGGAGGGUUUUUUUUAAUAUAGCCCCCUUCCAUUUUCUUGUCUUAGGGGCUUUUGAUUUCUUAAGUGUGAGUGCUGCCUCACUAAAAUGGAUGUAGAUGGUCUUCCUUAUUGACCUUGGCCAAAAUUCCACCAUUACCUGGUGGCCAAUCUUUUAGCAUCCAUAUAAAGGAAAGAAAAGGGGGGUGGAAGUAAAAAAGGUGGUCAACACCAAAACCUUUGUAAUCUCUUUGGAAACUAAUGAGGUACUCUUUCCACAACUUUUGGGAACCAAUUUGAUAUCAGAAACUAUUAGACCCUCAGGGAAGUGGUGGCAGCAGGGGGCCUGGCCUCCUGGAAGCAUCAAAGAACCAGCUUCUCUUUGGCUUUCUUCUUUCCCAGGAGGCUUAAGUAACUUUCCUUGAUUCACUGUCAUCCAAGGUUGCCAGCAGGUCACUCAGAGGGGCCUUGGUUGAGGUGGUUUCCAUCACCAUCGAAGACCUUCAGGGUACACAGUAAAGAACCACAUCUCUGCUUUAAGGCUUAGUUUGGGUGGCAUGAGCCUGCAAAAGCCACUUGAGUUCAUUAGAGUGAGGAAAGGAAGGAGAUGAGUGAUUUGUGUCCUCCUCCUCCCUGCCCCCCCAGGUUCAAAUAGGCUCUAAGCUCAAAUGCCUUCUGGAUGAAUGUUGAGUUGAAUAUUGGCUCAAACCAUUGACUCCCCUUGGGGAAGGACACCCUCUACCCCAUAAAACCUGGCCCCCUGGGAGAAAUCAUUAGGUGGACCUGUGAAGGAGGAGGUCCUCAGCUAUUUCAGCUUGGAGAGCAGGAGCAGCCAGCUGAGACGUGCUGGACAGUGAGCCUCCCAUUCCCUGCCUACUUCAGAGGCAAAAGCAGUUGUUGUGUAAGGGGAAGUGGAGGGGGGGCAUUGUUAACUGGUGAUACUUGGCUCUGGAUUUUGGCCAGUAGCCAAUUGAGAAAUUCAGCAGAUCCCUCUUUUUUUUUUCAGAGAAGAAAGCUUAGCCCCAAAUGGCUCUGCCAGUUUGGGGCUAGGGCCAUUGCUGCUAAUGGACUGCUAAAGGAAAAAAAAAUUCUCCUUUUUUAAGCGCCCCACUCAAGAGCCUUCCUGGCUGGAUUUUUCUCCUUUAUGAAUGGGCCCAGUACAUCAGGCUCCUUCUUUUUUGAGAAUUCUUUGAAGCAUUUACCUUUCAAAGUUUUUCCAGUCAUUCCUUCCCUUCCCACCUAGGCUUGUGUCCUCCCCAUCUUUAAUAUCCCUGGGUCUCAGUUUUCUCAAUAUGUGAAAUGAGGGAUUUGAACUAGAUAUUCUCCUAGCUCUCCUUUUCUGGCUCUAAAUCCUGUCCUUCCUCUCUCCCAGCUGGAUAUUAACUUGGGAUGAACUGGAGGCCUCAGUGUGCCAGGAUGCCCAGAGACCACCAGAGUCGGAUUGGGUAAUCACUAAGGAGGGGCUCUCCCAGCACAGCUUUGCUGUCCCAGUCUCUGUGAUGCUUCAGGCCCCCACGAGAGAGAGCCCUAAAGCACUGGGUAGUGUUGGGGACUGUACAUAUAGAUGUUGUAACUGUUAAUUUCCUUUUUGUAACUAUUAUUAUUUUUUAAUAAAAGGUGCUGAGCUUA